AUGUUUAUCCGUUUCGUUCUUCCGAUUCCACAGUCUUUUCGGAUUCCGAUGAUCGUUUCUGUUAUCAAUGCUGAAAAGGCAGUGACGAGUGACAAGAGAGACAGAUCUUAUGAAAGGAUCAAGAUGUUGAGGAAUGCGGCGUAUUUCCAGAGCCUUGCUGUGAUGAGGAAAGCUGCGUCUGGAAACGUUAGAGAUCUUGAAGUGUUUGCCAGCUCUGAGAUUCAUGACUCAAUGGAACAAUGA